AUGACGUCGGAUUCGCUAGAGUCUCGUUCGAACUCUCGAAGUGAACAAAUUGAGGAUGUACAACAGAUUACACCUGGGAUUGAAGAAAUUGAAGUGAACUCGGAGAUUAUGCUGGAUUCGAGUUCGAAUCAAUUUGUGCAAGAUAAGCUGGACAAUGAUCGGGCUCGCAAAGAAGAAGAGGAGGAAGAUGGUUAUGGCUCAGUGGAUGAAGAUGGUUCUGGCUCAGUGGAUGAAGAUGUUUAUGGUUCAGAGGAUGGAGAUGGUUGUGGCUCAGAGGAGGAAGAUGGGUCUGGUUCAGAGGAAGAACGAGAUGCGUCUGGCCAAGAAGAAGAGGAAGGAUAUGGUACUGGGGAAGAAGAAGAUAGUGGGUCUGACGAAAAAAAAGAGGUCGAAAAUGAAAAUGUCCGUGGUCAACAGAGUGUUGAGAUUCCAAUCAAUGGUUUAGUAGACAUGGGCGAAGUAAAUUUCAAGGAGUUAACAGUGAAUGAUUUAAUUAGAUAUCACUUUCCGAAUCGUGAGGUGGGAUUCCUGUUCUACAGUUGGUAUGCAAGGAUGCAUGGUUUUGCUGCUCGUAAGUCCAGGACAUUCAAAAACAUGAAGGGUGAAGUUCUUCAACAGUCAUUUGUUUGUUUUAGGGAAGGUAAAAGGAAACAGACUUCUGCAGAUUGUUUGAAGCGGAAGCGUUUUCCCAGAAAAGAUACCAGAUGCAGUUGCCAUGCUCAUUUGCAGUUGCACAUUGACAAUGAGGACAAAAUAUGGUAUGUUAGAUCUAUUUAUGAUGAGCACAAUCACACACUGAUUAAUAUGAGUUUGGUUGGUUUGAUACCUUCACAUAGGAGGAUGAAUGAGGCUGAUAUAUUGCAAAUGAAUAACAUGACAAAAGUAGGUGUUAGUACUCCACUAUCCUAUGGUGUCUUUGCGAACCAGAUGGGAGGGUAUGAAAAUGUCCCAUUUAGCAUGAAGAAUAUGUAUUUUGAACAAGAUAAGCAAAGGAAGAAAGAUGUUGUUGAUGCUAGAGGUGUCCUUAGCUAUUUACGUUUGUUGAAAGAGUCUGAUCAAAACAUGUUUUGGUGUCAUACUGCUGAUGAGGAUGGAAGGCUUGAUAAACUGUUUUGGUGUGAUGGUUGCAGCAAGGCCAACUAUUCUAUAUUUGGUGAUGUUUUGGCAUUUGACGCAACAUACAAGAAGAAUAAAUAUAGGCGUCCGUUGGUCAUAUUUUCUGGCGUCAAUCAUCAUAAUCAAACUAUUGUCUUUGCUUCUGCCUUAGUGUCAAAUGAGAAAGAAGAGACUUAUGUUUGGUUGCUUCAAAAGUUCAUGACUGCUAUGAAUGGAAAAGCCCCAAUUUCUGUUAUCACUGAUGGUCAUGUGCCAAUGAAGCACGCUAUCCAGAAAGUGUUCCCGAGAGCGCAUCAUAGGUUAUGCGCAUGGCAUCUUUUGCGGAAUGCAAACAGUAAUGUUUCAGAUCCUAACUUCAUUUCCAAGCUUACUAGGUGUAUGCUAUGGGAUUUUGAAAUAGGAGAGUUUGAGGAAAAGUGGACUGAGAUGAUUGUUGAAUGUGGAGUAGAGGACAAUGAGUGGGUUUGGGAACUGUAUGAGAGGAAGAAGAUGUGGGUUGUUGCACAUAUGCAUGGUGAAUUUUUUGCAGGGUUUAGGACUACAUCAAGAGUGGAGGGCCUACAUGCACAAGUUGGUAAGUUUGUUAACUCUUGGAACAACCUUACUGAUUUUAUGCAUAAUUUUAAUCGAUACCUUAGUUAUCAACGAUUUAGAGAGCUUGAAGCUGAUUUUGCUUCCCUUCACGGUGAUCAUGUACCUCAAACUCAAUUGAGAAAACUAGAAAGGUCAGCAUCAAAUUAUUACACUAAUAACAUCUUCAAAUUAGUUUCAAGAGGUCUUCAGCGGUCUUUGAUACUAAGGGUGACAGUUUACAAGGAAACAUCGACGUGCAUCAUUUACUUUGUGUCCAAGUACUGUAUGUCUGGUAGGAAGUGGACUGUUUCUUGGUGGCGUUCUGGCAUGGAAUUUAAGUGCUCAUGUUUGAGAAUGGAAUCACACGGUAUUCCAUGUGAUCACAUUCUAGCUAUGCUAACCUUUCUAGAUUUGGUUGAAAUACCAAAGUCUCUGGUGCUUAAUAGGUGGACCAAAUUUGCGAAGGAAUCUAUUGCUGCCUUUGGAACUCAGCCACGACCAUGGGACCCGCUGACUUUGUGCAGAUUUUCUGCUUUGACUGAAAGUUGCAGGCGUAUGUCGAAGGCAGCUUGCCACACACCUGAGGCAUUCAGUGAGACAAAAGCUAUUGUCUUGGCUCAAUGCCAGAAACUUGAAGCGAAUAGUGCAUCGCAGCCAAAAAGUGCAUUGCAGCCAAGCAUUGCAUCGCAGCCAAAUGUAAACAUUGCAAGUGAGGUGAAUGAUGAAGAAGAGGAAGGUGAAAGAUAUUUACAGAACCCACCAAUGCCUAGUAGGAUGGGAAAUAGUGGUGGUGCAAUGAAUGGAAGAGGAAGAGGCCGUCGUAGCAAUCGUUGUGGUAUUUGUGGAGUUGUCGGACACAAUCGAACAUCUUGCAAUAGGCAUACACAGUGA